AUGGCACGAUGCGUGAAGGAUUCAUACACGGCAGAACGCAAUCAAGUAUCAGCAGCUUUGGGUGUGCAAACCACUGUCCAAUCGAUGGUCCCUGAUCAGCAAUUGUCACAAGGUCGGACUGGAACAGACCUGCAGGAGGCCAUUGAGGCAGAGAGUGCUGCGGUGCAAAGGCCCGGCGGAACAGGCAGAGCGGUGGCACGAAGGAGCAAGGCUGAAUCGGAUCCAAUCCCCCGAACUGUUCUAGCUCCGGCGGCGGACGUUGUUCGAAACUUAAAAGUCUGCGUGGCCGUCGAGGCGGGGUAA